AUGGACAUGGCGCGAUUUGAGUCGGACAGCUCCCAAGGCUACCGAAACUUCCGAUCUGCCUUAAAAACUUACCUUACAGAGUUACAAGCCAAAGAGGCACAAGAGCGGAGAUUGGAAGACUCACGACAAUUGGCCGAACGUUCAGUCGUGGUUCGAGCCCUUGACUUCAAAGAGAGACUCAGCCGGGAGCAACAAUUGUCAAAUGUCACAACACCGUCAGAGACAUUCACAUGGGUAUGGUCUUCCCCAUUUCUGGAAUGGCUCCGCAGCGACAGCCGUCUUUUCUGGAUAUCUGGGAAGCCAGCGAGCGGAAAAAGUACCCUGAUGCAUUAUCUUGCACAGUCAAAAGAGCUGAAGAACGUAUUGCGUACCGCUGGCGGAAACGGUUGGGAAGUCAUACAUUUCUUCUUCGACUUUCGCGCAGGCAGAGGGAUUGGUAAUAACUUUGAGGGAUUCGUUCGGUCUCUCUUAGUUCAACUUGCCCAAAAACUGACUGAUUUCAACUCCUUGGUCCCAGAAUUGAAUCGGAACUUGAAAUCAUCGUCACUUGGAUCUGAGAUUCACUCAGGUCGGCAGAUUACUCCCGGUCUGGCGCGACAGAGCGUUCUUCAGUGUCUCCGGGUCUGUCCACAAUAUCUCAUGAUCCUCAUUGAUGGUCUCGAUGAAUAUGAGGGCCAGAAGGUCGAAUUGACAAACUUCAUCAAAGAACUCUGUUUCUCCAAUGUGAAAGUCUGUGUUGCUAGCAGACCAGACCCACCGUUUCCGGACGCGUUUGCUGGAAGCCCAUCGUUUAAGAUGCAGGACCUCAACUAUGGAGCCAUUCGAGCAUUUGUCCUCCAUACUCUACAUACCUUCUUUCCCUCGCGGCGGUAUGAGGAUACAGCUUUGCAGGCACUAGCAAAGGAGAUCGCUCAGAGAGCUCUGGGUGUCUUUCUGUGGGCAAGGUUUGCCGCGUACGAGCUCAUCGAUGGACUAACCCGUGGAGAGGAGCUAGGGUCGCCACAACUAGAGACCAGGCUUGAGGCUGUCCCAGAGGAAUUGCAAGAGAUCUACUCGCGCAUCUUAAGUCGUCUAUCGCCGAAUGACAAGAAGAUCGCGGGCCAUCUCCUUCUGUUCAUAACGUCGAGUAAAGGAAUUCUCACUGUGGAAAUGUUGCAAGAGGCAAUCGAUCUCUUUGCGCAGCACACAGGGCUCUACGGCGAAAAUGCGACCAAUUAUGGCGAAUCUUCCAGCAACUUUCGCAAGCGGCUGUUUGCGACCAGCGGCGGCACCGUUGAAGCCUAUCCGGCUAGGCUUGGAUACAUGGACCAGGAAUUUCUGGGUAACGUCGUUCGCCUCAUUCACCGGACAGUGAGAACAUAUCUAGAAAACGAGGGAUGGCGGGAACUCCUUGGGGAUUCCAUCCACUCUGGUCUGGGAGACGAAAUCUGGUUGAAAGUGUGUGGACUAAGAGUUACAGAUUCAUCAAACCUCGAUGGUCAGUAUCAUGACUCGGUUUUUAAGGUUCACCACUAUUAUAACUUGAAAUUGAGCCUUGACACCACUUCGAAUGACAACGAGGCCAACCACGGAAUCGGAGAUAUCUAUUCUGCCUCAGCUGUGGAUGAUACAGAUACCCUGGAUACGCUCUUGCGCACGUAUGCUGUCAACUAUGCGCUUGGGCAUGCUAAAAAUUGGGAGGAUGCGUGCAAAAGAUCUUCAGCAGUCCUUCUGACGCCGCUCAUGACGGCAGCCUACUUCAAAGCACACUGUGUUGUUUCUGCAAGGUGCCUGUGCCACGAUGCGAGAACCUUCGAAGGGUAUACGGAUGUUGCAGCAGAUCCCAUUCACCUGGCAUUGUGUCACGGACUAGAGUUCCGCAUUAAAGAAUAUAUCGAGGAUCAGUGUGCACCCAAGACAGCCGAUCACAAACAAGGCUUUCUUGACAAGCUAACCAUGGCGCUGAAUGGCUUUGGUAAGCCCCGUAACGCACCCAAGUUGCAAGUGCUCAAGGACCUGGCUCUUCAUAUCUGUUGCAGUGUCAGUGUCUAUUCCUGGGACCUCAUUCAGAAUAGACACAUACGAAUCAUUGCGAUCUUGCUCAAGCAUUACCUACUGUGA